ACAAGAGUUCCGGGUUCUUUUCAGCCGAAAGCUGCUCUCAGCUGCAGCUCUAUCACGGCGCUACCAUGUCUCUUUUAUUGGAUAAUCAGUUCAAUGAGCUGCCUCCAGACAAGGCGAUAGACACAAAGUUAUUCCUGGAUGCUGUGUCUCAUAUCCCGGCGUUUUUCGACUGCCUGGGAUCAAGCGUGUUUUCAGUCAUCAAGUCAGACAUUAACGGCAAUAUAACAAAAAUUAAAGCAGUGUAUCUCAAAGAUCCUGCGAAGUACGUCACCCUGCAGGACAUCGUGGUGGCUGAGCGAGAAGCUCAUGCGGCAGAGUGGCCUAAAGUUGGAGCCACAUUAGCUUUGAUGUGGCUAAAAAGGGGUCUCCGUUUCAUACAGAUACUGCUGCAGAGUUUGGCAGAUGGAGAGAGAGAUGAGAACAACCCCAACCUCAUUAAGGUUAACGUCACCAAAGCCUACGAACAGGCACUGAAGAGAUACCACGGCUGGGUUGUCCAAAAGAUUUUCAAUGUAGCGUUAGUUGCAGCUCCCUACAAAUCAAACUUCCUCAAUGCGCUGUCAAAAGGAGAAGAAGUGAAAGAGGAGGACUGUCUGGCAAAUGUGCGUCAGUUCUUGGUUAAUUAUACUGCAACUGUAGAUGCCAUCUAUGAGAUGUACACAGAUCUGAACGCAGAGCUGGACUACUCUGUUUGAUGUCCCAGGACAUCAGUCAUACCUCUCAGGUGUCAGAUAAGUCCAGCUUUUAAUAGGACUGUUUGUUUUUUCCUUCGAGUGUGGUAUUUAUUACUUUUUUUAAAUUUUUUGCCUCAACUAAAUAUUACUUCUGUAAAUCUGUUUUUAAAAUGAUGAAACUGCCUUAAAUUUCAACAAUAUAGCAAAAUGUUUUGCUUUUUGUUCUUGUAUAUAAUUUAAAGUACGAAGUUCUCACUCCCAUGCAGGAUGAAGGUAUUGUGUGGGUUUAUUUAUGACAUAACAGGUGGCUCUUCACCUGCUCCAUCUAGAGAGGAACACUAGACUAUAAACACUGCAAUUACAGGAAAACAUUUUUGCUAAUGUCUCCCAUUCAGAUGUUCUCAGCCUCCUGAGCCCUGGAGUUACUUCCACUGUUAAUCUGGGAACAGUGGCCCCAGUAGUCAUUUUAAAGCUUAACUGCCUGUUUCAGGUGCUUUUCACCACUUGUGCCUUUGUGUUACUUUUCAAAAACACAAUGUCUUUAAAGUGAGCUCAAAACUAAUGUAUUUGUAAUUAUAUUCCACCUACAAAGCAAAAGCCAGAACUAUUUUACUUUUGAGGCCUUAACCAGUGUGGAGUCUGUGGUUUGCCUGUUGAUUCAGAAGGUGUGGUCGACUUGUUUGUAUUCCUCUGUGUCCUAUUUCAUUCCUAUUUGUCUCAAAUGACUUAACUUCUUUUGCACAAUAUAUAUAAUGUCAAAUAAUAUUUUUCAGCAGACAGCACAUCAUGUGCCCAUUUAUUAAUAACAUGCUAAUUAGAUCCAUAUUUUCUGUAUGAAUACUAAUAUAUAGGAUGUUUGUUUCUGGAUUUUAAACUAUGAUCAAAUUUGUUCUUAUCUCAAGAUUUUAAUGUAUGACUUCAAAUAAAAAACAAGUGUAACUGCUAA